AUGCGUGCUGCUCGGAUGGAUCAUACAGCAAUUAUAUUAUUGGACGGUCAAGAAUUAGUGAUUGGUGGAACAGGUGAACAGCAUGUGCUGGAUAGUAGUGAAUUAUAUGAUCCAUCAUCAGGAACUUGGAUACUCACUGAAAACAUGAUAUAUCCACGAGAAGAAGCUGCUGCAAUAAAAUUAUUGGAUGGAAACGUAUUAGUAAUAGGCGGAGGUUAUAAAACGGCUUUGAAUGGUGCUGAAUUGUACUAUAUAUAA